UCACACCAUCUCCUUUCGGUAUGUGAGCACCAGAGAGCGAAGGAAGGACAUGGAGAGCAACAGAAGCAGCAAGAAGAAUGGUGGUGGUAAGCUCACUCAACGACUCGCUCGCAUGUUCCGGUCCUCCUGCAAGCCUUCCACCUCCGUCUCGACCAAUCUGAGCUCCACCGCCUCUACUCGGGCCCUCCUCGACGAUGCUGUCCUUGAACCCGUCUUCGUGCCUUGCCGUCGAGACCGCAGCCUCGGUCGUCCACUCUCUUUCCCUGUACCGAACGAUCGUCUCAGGCAUAAUACGGUGGGCGUCUGCAGCGGCUGCCGGCCGACGCGUGCGGUCGAGUGUGAGCAAUCUUCUCGAUUGAUGAUGAGGAAUGAGAAGUGGAAGGAUCUGAAGGCGAGGAAGAAGGAGAGGAGAGUUAGGGAGACGGGUGGGUACUAUGAGACCGGCGCGUGGGAGGGGAGGACGUGCCCUCCGUCUUCCCCUUCUUCCCCCUCGAACAGUUCUUACUACUACUACUGCUUUAAUGGAGCCAUGAAAGAAGAAACGAAGGAGAUAAAGGUGGUCAAGAUGAAGAAGAAGAAGAAGAAGAAGAGGCUUGCGUCCAACAGCUAUGGGUUCAACUGCUCUUCGUCGAUGGAGAGCAACAAUGACGGAGAUGGAUUCUUUAGCAGCGAAGGAAGGGAAGUCGAGGAAGAGGAGAUGGAGAUGCUCUUCUCAUCGCGGAGCUUCUCCUCCGACUCCUCCGAGUUCUACCAGAGGCCGACGUCCAAGAAGAAGAACAAGAACGUAAAGAAACCCCAGUGGGACAGAAGACGAGGGAGGAAGCGCGAGGCUUGGGGAGUCUGCAAGGGGUUUCAGCGCUUGCUCUCCGUCAGCUCUCCGGCAGGCAGGAAAGAGAAGAAAGGCUUCGCCGUGGUGAAGCGGUCGAGCGAUCCUUACAACGACUUCCGCAGCUCCAUGGUGGAGAUGAUCACCGAACGGCAAAUCUUCGGCGCCCAAGAUUUGGAGUGCCUGCUGCAGUCCUACCUGUCCUUGAACUCUUCCCAUCUCCAUCCACUUAUCCUGCAGGCUUUCUCCGACAUCUGGGUUGUUCUUUUUGGUCACUGAGUUCUGCUAAUUCAAGUCACCGAAUGCUAUCUAUCGCAGUGUCUUAUCUUCUGAUGUAAUCCUAAUCAUGUUCAUCAGUCCUCCGAGAACCAUUCAACUCUGCUGUGUUUCCUUCUCCAUUUCUGUUUACCCCAUGGUUUGGAGCUUGAGCUGGUAUUAAUGGAUCACUUCUACUCUUCAUGGGAGCCAAAGAGGGAAGAUGUUGGAGCCUUGAGGAAUUCUGGUGCAAUAACGUAACAUUGGUCUACUUUUACUCUGAUAUGGAUGCU